AAGGACCUUUUUGAGUGCGACAGCAGCCAGCCUGAGUCCAGCUGCCGGCAGGAUUUCCCUGGAGUCACAGCACUCAGCACUGCAUCGUCCUUUCCAGCUGAUUACGUUACCACGACAACCAACGAAAAGUACAACAGACGAAAGUGCUGGAAGUCGCUGCACCUCAGUGGACCAUUUCCAACCCGAAGUGGAGUGCAAGACCCCCAAGGACUUCUAACGAGGCAUAGGAAAUCCUUUUCAAAUGGCGUACUCCGUCUCCCCGCACCGGGCGAACCUGGUGCUCCAGAUGCUGCUCCAGGCCAACACCUAUGUGUCCAUGGUGUGGGCCAUGAGCUACCUGAUCCACAUGCUCAUCCGCCUGAAGCAGUUGUGGAACUUGGAGGGCCUGGCCAUGCUGGUGGCCUACAUCCUGGCCGUAUCCGCCGAAUCGGUGCGCCUGUACGCCGGCUACUCUGUGAACCUGUGCUCCGGGGCCACCGCCAUGUGGCUGCUGCUCACAGUGACGCCCUGCAUCCUGCUGCCCGCCAUGGUCUUCCUCCGUCUGUCUGCAGCCGGACGCAGCUUGUGGCUUCGCAUCAUCACGAAUGCCGUGUUCGCACUGAUGGGCUUGGAGGUGAUCGUGUCCCUGGUUCACUUUGUGAUCUGUAAGCCACGCCGCAAGCGGCCGGUGCCCCACCACCAAGCAGAGGAGGAGGAGGAGGAUCUGCCGGAGGAGCAGCCAUCCGCCGUGGGCUCGCCCACGUCCAGUGAGCAAAAGCGCCGCGUGCGCCGAUCCCCGGAAUCGAAGUGA